AUGCCCUUUGCUUUAUUCGCCGCAGCUGCGGCUCUUGCCUCCUUGCCCGUUGCUGCCACUAGACACGUUCUUCAUCAGCAACGUACAGAGUCGGAGCACUGGUUCAAGCGCGAUGUUCUCCACCCUCAUGUCCGGUUGCCAAUGAGGAUUGGCCUUUUCGGCGACAACAUGGACAUGGGUCACGAUCUAUUGAUGGAUAUCUCGGAUCCUGAUUCCAAGAAUUACGGAAAAUACUACUCUGCUGAAGAUGUCUACGACCUGUUCGCACCUCCAAAACAUUCUGUUGAUGCUAUUCGGGGUUGGCUUGAGAAGUCUGGUAUAGAAGCCGGGCGUGUCUCCCAAUCUACGAACAAGCAAUGGAUCCAACUCGAUUUGACCACGUCGGAGGCAGAAAAGUUACUACAGACCGAGUACUACUACUUCGAACAUGCACCUACAGGUAAGAUGGCGGUUGGUUGCGAUGGAUACCACGUUAACGAGGACGUUGCCGAGCACAUCGACUACAUCACCCCGGGCAUCAAGCUCCUCACUACACACAUGCCAAAGAGAUCUGAAGUCAAACGUUCCUUGGGAGGCAGAGCCGAAAACGAACCUCCGCUCGGGUUACAAGAUUGGCCUAAAUUCAACUAUAGUAUCACUGACGCAAUGCCUCUUGCUCAUUGCGACGUUGCUAUCACGCCAGCAUGCAUCAGGGCAAUGUACAACUUCACUCAAGGUACGAGCGCAGUACCUCACAAUGAACUGGGCAUCUUCGAAGACAUCGGCGAUAUUUACUCUCAAGAAGACUUGGACGAGUUCUUUCGGACUUUGCAGCCGCGUAUCCCUCAGGGCACUCAUCCGAUUCUCAACAGUGUCGAUGGUGGUACUGCACCAACUACUGUAGCUGACGCCGGCCCGGAGAGUAACUUGGACUUCCAAAUUAGCUAUCCCAUCAUCUGGCCACAAAAUAGCGUUCUGUUUCAGACCGAUGAUCCCGUUUAUGAGGCCAAUUAUACCUUUCUGGGGUUCUUCAACAACCUUCUAGAUGCCAUCGACGGUUCUUACUGCAGCUAUACAUCAGAUGGUAUUACUGGAAAUUCUCCGGGUCUUGACCCUCAGUACCCCAACCCAGCGCCCCGUGGUUACAAAGGUCAGCUUCAGUGCGGUGUCUACAAGCCUACGAAUGUCAUAUCCCUCUCAUACGGGUUUCAGGAAGCGAAUUUGCCUCCGAACUAUCUGAAGCGCCAGUGCAAUGAGUACAUGAAGCUUGGAUUGCAAGGCAUUUCCAUUGUCGUGGCCUCUGGAGACAGUGGCGUCGCAGGUAAUCCCGGUGACGGUAACGCAAACGGCUGCCUCAAGAAUGGCACAGUCUUUAGCCCUGAAUUUCCGUCCGCAUGUCCAUAUGUAACUUCAGUCGGGGCUACUUUGUUAACUGGCAAUGCAAAGGCGGACGAAGAGACCGCCGUCACCCGAUUUGCAUCUGGAGGAGGAUUCUCGAAUGUCUUCUAUCCACCGCCGGACUACCAAACCUCUGCCGUCAGCACUUAUCUACAGAGUGCUGGAACUCCGUAUCCAUAUUACAUAGACGGGGACUACAAAAGCAGCACCGCCGGUCUAUACAACCGGAACGGACGAGGAUAUCCCGAUGUUUCUGCCGUCGGUGAUAACAUCCUGUUCUUCAGUAAAGGCAUACCAAAACGCCAAGGUGGCUCAUCUGCGUCCGCUCCUGUCUUUGCAAGUAUCCUUACUAGGAUCAAUAACGAGCGACUGAAGGCUGGCAAGUCUACCGUUGGCUUCGUCAACCCUACCCUCUACAAACAUCCAUAUGUUCUGCACGACAUUACCGUCGGAAGCAAUCCAGGCUGUGACACAGACGGAUUCACAGUCAGCAAGGGUUGGGAUCCUGUCACCGGGCUGGGUACUCCCAAUUACCUGGCGAUGUUGGAACUCUUCAUGUCACUGUGA